CGGCGUCCCGCGUGGGCCCCGCGGAGGCGCGCGCAGACCCGCCGGCCGUCGGGGGCGCGGCCGCUGCCCGAGUCCGCACUUGUCCCGCCGCAGAGGCCCGGCGCCGUCGGAGGCAGCGAGGGCCAGGAGAAGCCGCGGAGCGGAGGCCCGUGCCCCGCAGGGAGCCUCGCUCGGCCUGGGGCCGCCGACCCCGCGCCCCCUUCCGCGGCGGCAUGGCCCCGAAGCUGCUGCUGCUCCUCUGCCUGCUCUCCGGCUUGCACGCGCGGACCAGGAAGGUGGAAGAAGAUGAAUAUGAAGAUUCAUCAUCAAACCAGAAGUGGGUCUUGGCUCCGAAAUCCCAAGACACGGAUGUGACUCUUAUUCUGAACAAGUUGCUAAGAGAAUAUGAUAAGAAGCUGAGGCCAGAUAUUGGAAUAAAACCCACUGUAAUUGAUGUUGACAUCUAUGUUAACAGCAUUGGUCCUGUGUCAUCGAUAAACAUGGAAUAUCAAAUCGAUAUAUUUUUUGCUCAGACCUGGACUGACAGUCGCCUUAGGUUCAACAGCACAAUGAAAAUACUUACUCUGAACAGCAACAUGGUGGGGUUAAUAUGGAUUCCAGAUACGAUCUUCCGAAAUUCCAAAACUGCAGAGGCUCACUGGAUCACCACCCCCAAUCAACUCCUCAGAAUUUGGAAUGAUGGGAAAAUCCUUUAUACUUUAAGGCUCACCAUAAAUGCAGAAUGCCAGCUGCAGCUGCACAACUUCCCCAUGGAUGAGCACUCCUGCCCGCUGAUAUUCUCCAGCUAUGGCUACCCCAAAGAAGAAAUGAUUUAUAGAUGGAGAAAAAAUUCGGUUGAGGCAGCUGAUCAGAAAUCCUGGCGGCUUUAUCAGUUUGAUUUCAUGGGCCUCAGAAACACCACGGAAAUUGUGCAAACAUCAGCAGGUGACUAUGUUGUCAUGACUAUAUAUUUUGAAUUGAGUAGAAGAAUGGGAUACUUCACUAUUCAAACAUAUAUUCCUUGUAUACUGACUGUGGUUUUAUCCUGGGUAUCAUUCUGGAUCAAAAAAGAUGCUACACCAGCAAGAACAGCAUUAGGCAUCACCACAGUGCUGACCAUGACCACACUCAGCACCAUAGCCAGGAACUCCUUGCCCCGGGUGUCCUAUGUGACUGCCAUGGACCUUUUCGUGACUGUGUGCUUCUUAUUUGUCUUUGCUGCUCUGAUGGAGUAUGCUACCCUCAACUACUAUUCAAGUUGCAGAAAACCACCUACCACUAAGAAAAAAACAUCGUUACUACAUGCAGAUUCCUCAAGAUGGAUUCAUGAAAGGAUAAGCCUACAAGCACCGUCUAACUAUUCUCUCCUUGACAUGAGGCCACCACCACCUGUAACAGUUACUCUAAACAAUUCCGUGUACUGGCAGGAAUUAGAAGAUACCUGUGUCUAUGAGUGUUUGGAUGGCAAAGACUGUCAGAGUUUCUUCUGCUGCUAUGAAGAAUGCAAAUCAGGAUCUUGGAGAAAAGGACAUAUUCACAUAGACAUCUUGGAACUGGACUCAUACUCACGGGUCUUUUUCCCUACAUCAUUCCUGCUCUUCAACUUGGUUUAUUGGGUGGGAUACCUCUAUCUCUAACUCUUCUUCCAGGUGAUAAGUGAAGAGCAUUAGACUCCCCUCUAAACUUUCAUCAUCCCCAGACCAGUAGUGACUAACUGGAGUAGCAAGGAAAGACACUGCUCAGUUUAUCUGAAAUACAUCACUUCUGAGCAGUGUAGGAAUAUGUGGCAAAUAUUUGUAUUACGUAUUUCAAACCCACAGAUAUAUGCGUGUGCACACACAAGUUAACUGAGUGUUAAAGUGAUCUUCUUGCUAAUCCUUUGCUGAAUCUGUAGCUUGGUGAUAUUUAUAAAUGUGUUUUGGAUACUGGAAGCAGUUCCCAAUUUUCUUUUGUGAAGAAAUCUGUGAAAUGUACAAGCAAAUAUCUGAGAAGCUCUCUCAGACUCCACCCUUUCUGUAUUUUAACUUGGGCCCUCGGCAGCACUGGCACCAGCUGCACAGAGUCGCUGCUGACUGAGACUCAUGCUGGCUUCAGCCACUGGCAGUCUGAGUUCAAGUGUGAACUGCAGUGAGUUACCACCCAGUUCCUCUCUCUGUGGCCUCUUUGCUCUGUCACCACCUUCACUGGUUGGUGUACUUUUAUCUAACAACCUCACCCUAAGUUUGGAAAGGUUAUAUCUGUUUCAUCCACAAGUGUUCAGUUGAGGAAACAGUCUGAUUUUCAAAAUUCUCAUUUUGCUGAAGUCAAAGAUGUUUACUAUCCCUGAACAUCAUAAGUUCAACAUUUUAUCCUAAGAAUUGUGUUUUACUAGACCAAGAGGCAACCCCAGAGUAUACUCUAUUAUAGGUUCAAUGAUUAUCUUUACCUUGCAAAGAAAGGUAUAUAGCAUUCACAAGCUUUGGUUUUGAAACUGUUUUCCAGAGUGUGAAAGAAAUGUAGAUAGAAUUUGUACAAAUUUUUCUUAGUGAAUAUUAACUUUCAAGUCAAAUCAAUUUUAGAUGCAAAACAAUGGGUCAUGGCUAUCAUCAAUGAUAUAUUUUGAUGAAAAAAAUUAUUUUAUAUUUUCAAAUAAGGAUAGGUAGCAAGAUGCUAAAGGAAAAGAAACCUUGAAAUUAUUACUCUUUUGAUAUUUUUAUAACACAAAGCAAACUUGCUUAUUGAUGUUAGUUCUUUGUUAUAACUGGAUGCUAGUAUGUACUUCACAAGACUCUUCAGAAGCUUUCCACCAUAGAUAGGGGAAAAAAAAGUCUUACAUUAGUUUAACAGAUGCUUUGCCAUUAUUAAAAUUUUGGUACUAACUCUGCUUCUCAUCUUUAUCACAUAGAAAAUUGAAUUUGUUUUAUUGGAAACCAUAUAAUUUUAUUUUAAUUAUGUAUUGUGCAUACUAUUAUUAUUCAGAAAAAAGGGUAAAACAUUAUGCAGGAAAAGUAUAUAAAAGUGCUAAUUCAUACAAUUUAAUGAAUGCAGACCAGACACAGAAGACAUGGAAGUGGAAGAGACCAGAAGAGUUGAAAUUAGAUGAGUCAAUUUUUAUGAACAUCAAGUGAAUGCAAAUAUAUUGAUCUUUAUCACCCAAUUUUCAAGGAAAAGUCUAUAUAAUGUAAGACAUUGAGUUACUUCCUGUCAACUCCUUCCAUGCUUUUGGUUUGAUACUUACUACAUAGGCCACAAACCAAUUGGUUUUUAUUUUGAAAGUCCAAUUUAAAACACAAAAAACAGUAAGUAUUUGUGGAGAAACAGGUUGAAUCUAUUAGCCCAACAGAAAUUUCUGUGCUGUUGGAGACUUGUGCCUACUAGCAGUCUCCUCCUAUCUCUCAGGCAUUAACCUCCCACUCACUCAACAGCAGUGGGGGGUUCUGGAGGUGCCCUGACCACAUCCCACCAGAGGAACUAAACACCCAGGGAGAGCAUCCCAAGGUUCUUCUACAAACGCAAUUCUCAACUUUAUAGCAAUAUGAAAAUUUCAAUUCAUUAUUUCUUUUUUUAAAAAGUUCUGGAAGGAGCUGAAUUUUUCAGUGAAAUUCUUGGCAGAAAAAUAACUUAAAAAUAUUUUUAUCACAUAUAUUAAGUCCAACUUUACCUUUAAAAUUUUUUACUGAGGCCUCUUAUUUCAAGGCUGUUCAAUAAUUGAGCAUCAUUGGCAACUCUUAUGAAAUUAUAAGUAUAGGAUCAUCUGUGUUUUCUGAAUCCAACCAAUCUCUCCCUCCCAAUAUCAGUCAUUCUGCUGAUCUAAACACACUAGUUUAUGGUUCCUUUUCCAUGAAACAGAACAUUCACCUCAAGAGAGUGUAACAGAUCGCAGAGCCUAAACUGGAUUUCUGCACAUCUAUCCACUACGGGAUCUUACUAAGAAGAACAAAAGCAUUCCCUGAGAACACACCAAUGCCUGCUUCUCUGCAGCUUGCCCAUUUAAGUUCUCCUUAUUGAUCCCAGCUCCCCAGAUAAACCAUUCCAGUCUGCAAUAAAGGAAAUUGGCAAGUACCUCACACAGGUGCAGAGCUCAGGGGCAUGCUUUUAAGUAGGUAUGAGUUUACUUUAUGGAAGAAGGAAGAGGAUGAGCACUGGGAUUGUGUGAAGGGAAUGUAUCACUCUUUAACUGAAGGACUCUCUUUCACCAGUAUGCUUGGUUAGUAGGGUAUGUAUGGUGAGCAUUGUGCAAGACUGUUCACAGACACUACAUCCUUACAGCUCCACCCAGAUUGCUUUGCAUGUAGAAUGGGGAGUGAUAUUUGGUGGCUAGAUGGCAGCUGUAGGGAAGUUGAGUGGCCUGCAUUCCAAAAGUGCUACUGUGUUCCUCACUUUUAGAAACGCUAAAUUAAGGAAAUGACUGUUCCACAUUUUGACAAAAAUUUCUAAUUUCUGACCACCAUACCUCGUACUUACAACUGUGACUGUCUCUAUUAAGCUGCAUCUAGGCUGGAUGGAGAAAAAAGAAAUUUCACACCAAUGGAAUUAGAGCAAAAUGCAUCUUCAGAUCUUAGAAAGUUUCAGUUUCUGCAAAGUCUGAAUACCACAGGCCAGAACAGAGACUGUCACAUACAUGACUGAGAAGGACAAUAUAGUUAUAACUUACUCUGAACCUAGUCAAUACUGUCCCUAAUUUACCCAGCAUAUGCCUUAAAGUAACACAUAAAUCUUAAAUUAUAUAUAUCAUGUAGAUUUUUCAUUUCCUGUGAUCAUAUUUAUCUCAUGCCAGAUUUUACUUAUCAUUUAUGAAUGGCGAAGACAAGAUUUCUUUAUGUGCCCAACAUUUUAUCCUUAAUUAUAUUAUCAAAUCAAUUAAAAACUAAAUUUUUGUGAACUCUUUAAUUGAAGCAAUGCCUUUCCUUUAUGACAAAGCAUUUUCAGGCUACAUAUGAGAAAUCGGGGCCAAUCUAAAAGUCAGUGACAUUAGCGCUUGUGAUAGGAUGUGAGUGUUCACUUAGAACCUUCACACCAAGUCUUUUUACCUGGUCACAGCUUGCUGUAGUAAAAAGGCAUAGACAGAUUUUUUUGUUCCGCUGCAAAAUAUCACACUCUGGAAGCAAGAGUGGUAAUUGAUAACCCUAUUUUGCAUUCGUGGAUACUUGCCACAACAGGACAUUCUUUAUUAAAAGGGCUAUGACUCAAAACAAAUACAAACCUCAUUUUUAUCCAUUUAUCUUG